AUGUACAUAUGUAGGCAACUGGUUCGAGCAGCUUAUCGGCUAUUGGGCGUGGCCGCCAUAUACGAAUGUGUUCCGUCGUCUUCUGAAGAUCGUCGAAUUCGCCGAAAUCGAACCGCUUUCACAGAUGAGCAGCUUAAAAUAUUGGAGAGUAUGUUUGAGCAAUGCCAAUAUCCGGAUAUUGCUCAAAGAGAGAAAAUAGGAAAAGAAAUUGAGCUGCCCGAAGCAAGAAUUCAGGUUUGGUUUAAAAACCGUCGAGCUAAACAACGCAAGAGACAAAGAAAUGAGAGCCCAAUUGAUGACGAUGUCGCAUCUCCAGAUUCUGACGAAAAUCUGAAAAAGCAUAAGGAAAACACUAUUAUAACCUGGACACCUGGCGCAGCGCUGAAAUCAAUGCUACCAACAGAGCCGCCGCACUUCAUCGCAAAUCCAUUCUUACAGUACUACCAGAAUCAUCAAUUUACAAUUGCUGCGGCGCUGGCCAAGAACGGACCAAUCUCCUCUUAA